GGUGGGCCAAGCCAAGUCAGUUCCAACGCACAGAGGAAGCGCGUAUCGUGGGUGUGGGAGCGACAAGGUGCCUGAAUUUUAAUAUUUAAAGAGCCCCGUACACCUCAAAUACUGCUUAGAGAUGGCGACCUACUGGAAAUCUCAGCCCAAGAAAUUUUGCGAAGCCUGCAAAUGUUGGUUUGCGGACAACAAGGCGAGCAUCGACUUCCACGAGAAAGGCAAGAACCACCAAGCCAAUGUUCAGCAAUGCAUCAAAGACAUUAUGAAAAAGGGCAAGAAAAUGUACAAGGCACAGCAGAACUAUGAGAACAUGAUGGAUGAAAUAAAUCAGGCGGCGCUAAAAGCGUUCGAGCGGGACGUCGAAACCGGCGGGUCCAAGACAGCCAAGCUACAGUACGUGGCCGAGCAGGCCAGGCUAAAAGAACGAGCUGAGCAGAGACAGGAGGAGGCAGAGAGCACGUCCUCGAGCCAAGUCAAGACAUGGUUCGAAGCCACGUCGCCAGAAGGCGAGACCUACUACUGGAACAGCGAAUCAGGAGAGUCGAUAUGGGAGAAACCAACGUCGGGAUACAUUUCUCUCGCGGAACAACAGGCGGUCGUCUCCGAUGUGGACGAUCGUACGACGUUUCCCACACAGGAGGACGAAGGUGUAACGGGCCCAAAACCACGGGGUAACCCUUACGGAGACUGGGAAGAAGUGAAACCCAAAGUGAUGCCGGACAUCGAUUUGCAGCUUCCAGAGAAGCCACAGGACGUUGAGGAAGUUGUCAUCAGCAUCAGUCAGGACGUUCCCACUAAGGUAAAGUUCCUCGAGAAAACCGUGGGCAGCGUUGAGUCGUGCGGGGAAGGUGACUCGGUCUUCAAGAAGCGCAAGAUUGGUGGCAGAUCGGCGAGAAACGUUAGACAACGGACCGAUGAAGACUGAGUGCUCGUGGAGUGAAUCGAGUGUACAUAGCCACUGUAAAUAAAACUAUUGUUACAAAUG